AUGGCGGUAAAAUUGCGAAGACCAAUUCGGCCAGGUCGAAGGAAUUCCAAACCAAGAUGGCGUCGCCUUCUUCUCCAAUCUGAAAAUGCAUUGAAAGUCACUUUAGUUGGGUUGGAUAUCAACAAUAUAGGAUAUUUAUUACACAUGUAAGUUUUCCUACAACUUUUUAAGUAUGGAAAAGUACAAUAUUUUAUUUACAAAAAUUUAUAUUAUUUUAGUAAAAAUUUCUACCUGAUCAUUAAUAAUAAAGAGUUAUAUACUCCAAGACAAAGACAAGUUCAUUACAUGUUAUUGUUAAUACGUCAAAACCAAUCAUCUUGACAUCAUCUUAAAAUGUCGACCUCAACAGUCGAAAAAAACUGGUAUAAAAACUGACAAAGAAGCCCCCCCCCCCUGUAUAAUCCUCACGUUUUCUCUUGUUGUAUAUUUGUACAAAGUUUAUUAGGCCUAAAAGUAUUGACAAUUUUUUUUUCUAGAAAGACUGCGAAAGAAAUUACAAAACCAAACCAUGAAGUCUAG